UGUGAGCUGCAGAUCAGGGUCAAACACAUCUGAGGUUACAAGCCUUCAGCAAAACCAACAUCAACAAGAGAGAAAAUAAAUGAAUGCCUUGAAUUGGUCUCAUAAGAAGAAUGGAAACCAGAAGAAGACACAAUAACCAGCAUUUUCGAAGGUCAGAAGUAAAUAUUAUGCUUUUGGGGGGUACUGGAGAAGGAAAGAGUGCAUCUGGAAACACCAUCUUAGGAGCUGAGGGCAUAUUUCAAGACGAAUUUUUACCUGAGGCUGUGACCAGAAUCUGUCAGUCAGAACAAACAGAAGUGGAUGGAGAAACAGUCACUGUGAUUGAUACCGUGGGACUCUCUGAUACAAACCAGAUGAAAAUAACAGAAGCUCAGACUGAAAUAGAGCAGAUGUUACGGCGUAAAAACCUUGAUGUGUUUCUGCUGGUGAUCAAACUCGGGCAUGUCUUUACAAAGGAGAGAAGUGCAGUUGUGCAGUGGAUCAAGGAUAAUUUUGGAGAAAAAUUCUUUCAGCACACAAUAGUGCUCUUUACUUAUGGAGAUCAAUUGUCUGUGCCCAUAGAAGAUUAUCUUAGUAAGUCUCAGACACUGCAGGACUUGCUUGAAAAGUUUUCAGGUAGAUUUCAUGUUUUCAACAAUCGAAACGAAGACAGAUCUCAAGUCACUGCACUUCUACAUCAGAUAAACAGACUGAUGAUGAUAAAUGAAAACAGGAGAUACACUAAGAAGGACUAUGCCAUGGCUCAGAAAAGUCUCUUGCGCAACAAUUGUCUUAAUGAAGCUGCUAAAGGAGCAGCAGCAGGUGCAGCAGCAGGUGCAGCAGCAGGUGCAGCUGGAGGAGCAUUUGCUGCUAAAGCAGGAGCAGUUGCAUUAACUUUAGGAAAAGGAGCACUAAUUGGAGCAUCAGGAGGAGCAGUUCUGUUAGGGGUAGCAGCUUGUGCUGGCGUGUAUUUCCUGGCAAGAAAAUAUAUACCUAGGGAUGUGUCAGUUAUGCAAGAUGAGCCUGAGAGGGAGAGACUCAUCAGGGCAGCACACCGUUACUGAGUGAGAUGUAGUCAUUGUAACAAAACAAUAUACUGCAGUCGUACUUUGAACAACCACUGUAAAAUGGAUAAUGACAUCACGCAAGAAAGCACUUUGAAUCCAAACAAAAGGGAAAAUACAUUAUCUAUGGCCACCAGUGAUUUACAAACUACAAGUCAGUAUACUUGCAUCCAUAAAAAAAACAAGCAAGAGUUAUCGAUCACGCUACAUACUGAAAUAAAAUUACAUAAGUCAAGUCUAGAAUUUGCUUGCAACCACAUCGAUAAACAAGAACAAUCCAAUCAGUCCCUUCAAAAUUUUGUCAGAACACUUGGCGAACACAUGGAGACAGUAAUAAAAGAAAACAAAACCAUGACAGAAAUGAUCCUGGAUAUUCCAUUCAGAAGCAUGUAUGACCAACUGAUCUCCUCCAGCAUCCCCGGAAACCCAUCUGACAGCCCUGAAGCGAUAAUCAAGAAUUUCAUAAACUUCCACCAGACAUUGUAAGACAAAUCACCUUCCACAGAGCUCAUGUCUUGGUUCACAUCUCUACCACUUCUUCUACACACAUAUGGAGUUUACACCAAUUUAUAUGUAUCUGUUUUAUUAUAGCUUUCUACUUCUG